UGUGUGUCACUGUAACUAUACAGUAAUCAGUAAACUUAAAAAGAAAAAAGAGAUAUGGGAAGUUUGCAGCAACAGCAAGGAGGCGAUGUUGCAGUAAUUCCUCAAUCAUGGGGUGGAGGAAGCAACCGCAUAGUUGCUCUCAAUGUGGAGCCCGGCACCACCACCCCACAAUCCUUCUCUGGUAACAACAGCAAACGUUUCAAUGAUAAACAUGAUGACCCCAAUCAUGAUCAGAAACCUGGAUGGAGAAAGUUUUUGUCAUUUAUAGGCCCUGGUUUCCUUGUUUCAUUAGCUUAUCUUGAUCCUGGAAACUUGGAAACUGAUUUACAAGCAGGAGCCAGCCAUGGAUAUGAGCUGCUGUGGGUGGUUUUGAUCGGAUUAGUCUUUGCUCUCAUAAUCCAAUCUCUUGCUGCAAAUCUUGGAGUCAGCACUGGCAAACACUUAUCAGAAUUGUGUAAGGCUGAGUACCCAAGAAUGGUGAAAUAUUGCUUAUGGAUUCUAGCAGAGAUUGCUGUCAUAGCUGCUGAUAUACCUGAAGUGAUUGGGACAGCCUUUGGAUUGAAUAUACUGUUUAACAUCCCAGUAUGGGUUGGAGUUUUAUUGACCGGUUUAAGCACUCUCCUCCUCCUUGGCCUGCAGAGAUAUGGGGUGAGGAAGCUAGAAAUGCUGAUAGCAGUGCUGGUGUUUGUAAUGGCGGGAUGUUUCUUUGGGGAAAUGAGUUACGUAAAGCCACCAGCAUCAGGUGUGGUUAAAGGCAUGUUUGUUCCUAAACUUAAUGGCCAAGGAGCCACCGGCGACGCUAUUGCCCUCUUGGGUGCCCUUGUUAUGCCGCACAAUCUCUUCCUUCACUCAGCUCUGGUGCUCAGCAGAAAAGUACCAAACUCUGUUCGAGGUGUUAAUGAUGCUUGUAGAUAUUUUUUAAUAGAGAGUGGCAUCGCCUUGUUUGUGGCAUUUUUAAUCAACGUGGCGGUUGUCUCGGUAUCCGCCGCGGUCUGCACAGCUGAUAAUAUUUCCAGUGCUAACCAGAAACGUUGCAACGAUCUUAAUCUCAACUCAGCUUCUUUCCUUCUCCAGAAUGUGUUAGGGAAAUCUAGCAAAGCCCUUUAUGCCGUUGCACUUUUAGCAUCAGGGCAAAGCUCUACCAUUACAGGGACUUAUGCAGGACAAUUUAUCAUGCAGGGUUUCUUGAAUCUUAAAAUGAAGAAAUGGGUGAGGAAUAUAAUGACUAGGUGUAUUGCCAUUACACCUAGUCUCAUUGUGUCCAUCAUUGGUGGAUCUCAAGGGGCCGGUCGACUAAUUAUCAUUGCAUCGAUGAUUCUUUCAUUUGAGCUACCAUUUGCUCUAAUCCCACUCCUUAAAUUUAGUAGCAGCUCAACCAAGAUGGGACCUUACAAGAACUCCAUAAUUAUAAUAGUGAUUUCAUGGAUUUUAGGCAUUGGAAUCAUUGGCAUCAACGUGUACUAUUUAAUAACAUCGUUUGUAGACUGGUUGAUUCACAAUGAUGUACCAAAAGUAGGGAAUGUAUUCAUUGGAAUCAUUGUGUUUCCUUUAAUGGCGAUUUACAUUAUUGCAGUCAUCUAUCUAACAUUCAGAAAAGACAUUGUUGUUACAUAUGUGGAGCCCCAAAAAGAUGAAGCAGCAGAUACCCAAGUUGUUUGAUUUGAAUGCAAUGAUAUUGCCAUAUUAGGAAUGGCAAAAUUUGAAAAGCCUGAGAAAUUUUGAGUUAACUUGCCCGAUCGAUACAACUGGAACCGGUGCGAACCAACCACCAUGAGUUAGACAAUCAUUUGAAAAGGAAGUAGUUAUAGAGAACAAGCCUGAGUCGAAUUCUAAUUGGGAAAACAUUGCUAAAGUUGAAGCUCUUUAACCCAUCAAUCCCUCCACAACUGUUGAAAAACUCAUCUGGGAUUGAGUUAAACAAGUUGCUGGAAAAGUCAAGCGAUUGCAAAGAAUCAAUCUGGCAAAGCAUGGGAAGGAAAGUGGAGUUAGAGAGACCAAACCCCGCCAAGGAAAGGGAAAGUAUGGAGUUGUUGAGGGGGGAGUUGCAUGUAACUCCUCUCCAAUGGCAAAGGUUUGGCUCCAUUUCCAACAUUCUAGGAUGAAAAUGGGGUGUCUAACUCAAGCUGCUUAGAAAUAGUGAUCAUCGUCUUCCUCUGGUUUGAAGCUAGCUGACACAACACCAAAGGAAAUAUACAGAACAAGGAGGAUAAGCUGAGAAGGAAACUCCUAAUUUUAGAUGUAUGGGAAGCUCUGUGUUUUUGCUAUUAUUUUAAUUUAAAAUUUAAUUAGUUGCUUUUUUUUAAAAGUUUUAAUAAAAAUAAAUCAAUUAAAAUAAAAAGAAAAAAAAUAAAGUAAAAAUAA